UCGGAAAGGGGACGGGAGGAGCCGGCGGCGCCUCCGCCGAGGCGGCAGCACGGUAUUGAAAGUCGGUAGUCAUUCUAACAGUGUGGCGCCCUACUUAUUAAAAUUUAUGCACCGCUUUCAUUAGUAGUGUGUACAAUACAUUAAGAAUCUCCAGAUGCCCACCUCUUCAGAUUUAAACUGCUGGUCGAGCUUGGGAGCUCGGUGGAUGACCAGUCCUUCUCGUGCUGGAGUCAUACUGAACGGUGAUCUUUCCAAUUUGGAAAGAGAUGGAGAAAAUCAUGCUAUAAGAAGUUUGUCUUCUCAUUUCCCUGUUAAAGCUACACCUUUUUCAGACAGCUGGAGUUACAUGAGUGAAGAUUCCCUUUACGAAGAACAUAUCUUGGCACCUAGCAACCCCGACCGAAUACAGUUGAUUGCGACUGAAACGUGUGCGGGGUUUCCUUCGGCUAAAACCGAACAAAUGGUGACGUGUGAAGAAGUUCCAGAUCAAAGGGAGGAGUCCAUGAAUGAUUCUGUAUCCGAUAGUAUGGGGGAAUUCAAAGAAACAGCUUAUAAAGAUCCACUUUUUCAAAAGCUGGAACAGUUAAAGGAAAUACAACAGAAGAAACAGGAACAGCUGAAGAGGCAACAAUUAAAGCAACUUCAGCGACUCAUGGAAGAACAAGAGAAGCUACUUACGAUGGUAUCUGGGCAGAAGGCACUCUCAGAAGGAUGUAUCGUCCCUUGUUGGGAGAAAACAACAGAGCAGCUACAAGAAGGAAGAGAGACUGAUGUCCUAGACUCAAAAAGGGAAGAUUCUUCUGGCAGUUACACUGGAAACAAGUUCUGGGAUGGGACUAAUUUCGAAGAAAGGCCAAUUAAAGCUGCUAUUAAAGAGAGGAAGCAGACAUUUGAAGAAUUUCUAGAGGAGCAAAUUCGAAUAGAAGAUGAAGAACUGAAGCAAAAACAGCUGCAGGAAGUACAAGGAUCUACCAUAGCCAAAACAAUACCUAAACGGCCAUUUUUGAAACGAGGAGAAGGUUUAGCUAGGUUUACUAAUGCUAAAUGUAAAUUUUGGAGCCAUAGAGUAAAUGAAGCAAUGACUCAAAGCACUUUAGAGCACCAAGCUAUAGGUAGAGUGGAAAAACAGCAGAUCCAGAGGAAAACUUCUCUUAUAAAUAAAGAGCAUAUUACAGAGAACUCUGCGCCUGUUAAAAAAUGUCUUCAAGUUGCCAGACUUAAAAAUGGUUCUGGCCUUCUCACUCAGAAGGCAAGAGUGCUCAGGACUAUCAGUGGAAAAAUUCAGUCCAAUUCAACAACGACGGUCCCCCCUGAGAAGAAACCUAAGGGACAGUUUCGAGACCAGAGCAAAGUAGAAAAUAGCAGUCAUUUGGAACAUAAUAAAGAAAACAAAUUAGAGUGCUCACAACCUGUAGAAGUUGGCUGCCAAGUCAAAAAUAAGGCUCAUAGUUUAGAAAACCCUUCUCCACCUUCCAACUCCCUCUCUGUUUCUAACAGUCCUACGUGCCGUCUGGGAAGGGGUUCCGAAUUUUCCCAAGAGCUUUCAUUCCAGAAGAAGUGGGAAAAUUGGGAAAGAGAAAAGGAAAAAGAAAAUCUAGAGUUAGAUGAAUUUCUUUUCUUAGAACAAGCUGCUGAUGAAAUAUCAUUCUCUAGCAAUUCCUCCUUUGUACUGAAAAUCUUGGAACGAGACCAGAACGCCUGCCGCAGAAUGUCUUCUACACCUGUGAAAUCAGCUCAGCGACAGAAAACAAAUGCAGAGGAGAGCUCUCCAAACAACCCAGAUAAAAAGUCAGACCAUCAUCUUCUGCAAGAAGAUAAGAGUCUAUCGGAAAUGCCGCGUUCAUGCUGUGAAUCAAGAGCCUCAUCCCUUACUCAGAGGAAAGAGGCCAGCAAAGCUAGUAGGAAUGCAUUUCAAGGUAGUUUGGCUGCUGAGGAGCCAAUAGAAUGGCAAGUGAGGGACGAAGAGGAAGAAGAGGGGAAGAAGGGUAACAGCUAUGAUGUCCGACCUGACCCCUGUGAACUAGAUGUCACCGUAAAGACCACAGGUGCGGGUGCUGAUAAGUUCUGCGUAAGUAGAGAAGGUGACCCAGAAAACCGGGGUUGCAAAGAACCUUUCAGAGACACCAAAAAAGAAGGUAAAAGCAGGGAUGUGGAUCUGGAUUUGUCAGAUAAAGACUCCAGCAGCGGUGAAUCCAGCAUGGGAGAAAGCAUAGAUAACGAAGCGUUGGCAUCGCCACGAAGGAUGUUGUGUCUGAAUAGGAAUGAGAUGGAGUUCGAUGAUGACCGAACCUGGACUGACCUCGAAGAUGCGGACUGUGAUCUGGGCACGCCUGGCUGUGGACUGCCGCAGGCAGACUAUUCAAAUAAGAGUGAGAUAUCUCCCCCAGACAAAGCGAUAAGAAGGAAGGUGGCUCCAAUAAGGAAGGAUGAGGAGUUUUGCAAGUCCAGUACAAUAGAGAGCGAUACAGAGUCUCCUUCUGCUUCCAAUCUCAUGAUGAAGCUCUUCCCUUCCCUGAAGCCGAAAAAGAAGCCAGGUUCUUCCCCAGGGCGCGAGUCGAAGUCAGAUACUGAGCAAGAGCGACGAGGUGACAGCGUCCAGUCUCGGGUUUUGAGAGAGAAAGUUGUUGAGUUGGAAACAGAAAUUGAAAGAUUCAAAGCUGAAAAUGCUUGUCUAGCCAGACUUCGCCAAGAAAGAGAAACCGGCUUGGAAAAGCUCAGAAAAGAAAUCGCAGACUUUGAGAAACAGAAGGCAAAAGAAUUGGUUCGAUUUGAAGACUUUAAAAAGGAAGAAAUGAGAAAACUACAAAGAGAACGAAAAGUUUUUGAAAAGUAUGCCACAGCUGCAAGAGCCAUUCCUGAUAAAAAGGAACGUGAUGAAAUUCAGGCUUUAAAACAGCAAAUUACGGAAUUGCAAGAGGAUCUGAAACGAAAAGAAGCAAAAUGGUCCAGUACACAUGGCCGUCUGAGAAACCAAAUAGAAACAUUAGCGAGGGAGAACUCAGAGCUCCGGGAAGAAAUCAAAGUCAUCGAACGAUUCCGGGUCGAAGCCUGGAAGAAAGCAGAAGCUGUUGAAACCCACCUGAAGACUGAGCAGUCAACAGUUCCUGCAAAGAAAGGGGAAUGUGGGAAUUCAUCAAUAGGAUCGCAGAAAUGUCAAAACCCAUCUUCAGUAACACAAUACAAGAAGCCUGGAGAAGGGCAUCUGGCAGUACAAGAAAAACUUUGCAGAAGAUGCAGGUCACUGCCUACCGAUGACCAAAGUAAUUCAGAUAAGAGACUGGCAAAUGUGGGAGAAUCCUCUAAGAUUUUAAUGGAAAAUUCUUGCCCCAGCAGAAUAUUUGAAUCACCAAGUUGCCUACCUCCGGAAUCUAAAGAAGAAGAAAUUCAGGAAGAAAUUAGUCAUCCUGAUGGAAAGGUAGAAAAAGUCUUGAAAAAUGGUUGUCAUGUUAUCUUGUUUCCUAAUGGAACCCAUAAAGAAGUGAGUUCUGAUGGAAAGACCGUUACCAUCACGUUCUUCAAUGGUGACGUGAAACGGAUCCUGCCCGACCAGAGGGUGGUUUAUUACUAUGCCGUGGCCCAGACGACUCACACCACUUAUCCAGAGGGACUGGAGGUCUUGCAUUUCUCAAAUGGACAAAUAGAAAAGCAUUACCCCGAUGGAAGAAAAGAAAUUACUUUUCCUGAUCAGACCAUUAAAACUUUAUUUGUGGAUGGACGAGAAGAAAGCAUUUUUCCAGAUGGUACUAUUGUUCGAGUUCAAAGAGAUGGCAGUAAAAUCAUCGAGUUUAGUAAUGGCCAAACAGAACUCCACACAGACAAGUUCAAGAGGCGUGAAUAUCCAGAUGGUACUGUCAAGACUGUGUAUUCUAACGGUCACCAAGAAACCAAAUAUGUUUCUGGACGUGUGAGAAUCAAGGACAAGGAUGGAAAUGUUCUCAUGGAUACCAAGUUGUAGCUGGAUCACGAAGCUACUCGGUUCAUGAAGUGGUGCUGAAUUUCCCUUUUAAAAUAACUCUCCUGUCUCUCUUGAGAACAGAAAAACUAUUUCUCUAAGUUACUUAGUAUAUGGCUCUUAGUGUUGUAUAUUAUGUAAAUGCAGCAGAUGUGUGGGUGUUUUCAGAUUUGUAAAAUAAAUUUAUUUUAAAACUUUA